AAUGCUGGUUAUCGGCAUUUCUCUCCUCUCGAGCUGUCACACUGACUGCUCGAGAGGAGAGCCGGGCACUGAUGAUCAGUGUGCCCUGAUGAUCAGUGUGGCCCCAGAAGUGCCACCUGUCAGUGCCAUACCAGUGCCCAUCUGAGCUGCCUUUCAAUGUCACCCAUCAGUGCCCAUCUGAGCUGCCUUUCAAUGUCACCCAUCAGUGCCCAUCUGAGCUGCCUUUCGUCACCCAUCAGUGCCCAUCUGAGCUGCCUUUCAAUGUCACCCAUCAGUGCCAGUCAGUGCCACCUAUCAGUGCCAGUCAGUGCUGCCUAUCAG